AGUAGCCAAUCAAUCAGCAGCCGGGUUGCCCCUCCCACUCGCUUCUCCAGUCCGGUUCGGGGCGGCUGUCUCCUUAAGAUGUAAACAAGGCCUCGCGCGGCGGCCGUUAGUGGGAAGGAUUCUGUCCCCCCGUUUGGUUACUGAACAUCAGGAGGGUCUGACCUGGAGAAUGCCGUAAGACAUGGGCUCCCGCAGUAGUAGCAACGCUGGCUCCGGGAGCCGGGAUAACCAGGGCAGCUGGUCUCAAAGGAACUCAGGGAGCUUGCGUAGUGAGGAAGAAGACGACGAGGAUGUGGAUCUGGCCCAGGUACUGGCAUAUCUACUGCGCAGGGGACAGUUCCACCUGAUGCAGGGUGGAGGAGCAGCCAGCGUUCGGGUCUUCCAGACACUCUCCGACUCGGACGACGACAAUGACAGUGCAUGGGAAGGGCGAUUAGGAGACCAGUAUAAACCCCCAGUGGAUUUGACACCAGAUACCCGUGAUCUGGAGUGCAACGAGAUCAAAACACGCAUCCAGUUGGCAACAGGCAGGCUGGGUUCUGGGCGAGAUGACCGCAGCUUUCCCCGGCUGCUUUGCCAGAGGGAGCGAGGCCUCUGCCACAACGGCAGCUUCUCCCCUGGGGAGUGCUCGCGCAUGGUGUCACACUUUCUCCCCAAUCGCUUGGCCUUCACAGACUCGUAUGCCCAGAAGGCCUUCUGCGGGAUCUAUUCCCGUGAUGGGCAGCUUUUCAUGUCUGCUUGUCAAGAUCAGAGAAUCCGCCUGUAUGACUGCACUUACGGAGCCUUUCGGAAGUUCCGGAGCAUCAAAGCCCGAGACGUGGGCUGGAGUAUCCUGGAUGUCGCCUUCACUCCCGACGGGGCCCACUUCCUCUACUCCAGCUGGUCAGACUACAUUCACAUCUGUAAUAUCUAUGGGGAGAGCGACACCCACACAGCGCUGGAUCUGAGGCCUGACGAGCGCCGCUUUGCCGUCUUUUCGCUGGCCGUCUCCUCAGAUGGCAGGGAAGUGCUGGGUGGGGCCAACUAUGGCUGCGUCUACGUGUUUGAUAUGGAGCAGAAUAAGCGGACCCUCAAGAUCGAGGCCCACGAAGAUGACGUGAACGCGGUCGCCUUUGCCGACAGCAGCUCCCACAUCCUCUUCUCCGGGGGUGACGACGCCAUCUGCAAAGUGUGGGACCGGCGGACCAUGCGGGAGGACGAUCCCCGGCCGGUGGGGAUCCUGGCCGGCCACCAGGACGGCAUCACCUUCAUAGACAGCAAGGGGGACGCCCGGUACCUCAUCUCCAACUCCAAGGACCAGACCAUCAAGCUGUGGGACAUGCGGAGGUUCUCGGGCAGCGAGGGGCUGGAGGCGUCCCGCCAAGCCGUCACCCAGCAGAACUGGGAUUACCGCUGGCAGCAGGUGCCGAAGAAAGCUCGGCGCAAAUCGCGGCUUCCGGGCGACACGUCCCUCAUGACCUACCGGGGCCACGGGGUGCUGCACACGCUCAUCCGCUGCCGCUUCUCGCCGGCCCACAGCACCGGGCAGCAGUACAUCUACAGCGGGUGCUCCACCGGCAAGGUCGUGGUCUAUGACCUCCUGAGCGGCCUUAUCGUGAAGAAGCUGAUCAACCACACCGCUUGCGUCCGCGACGUCAGUUGGCACCCCUACGAGGCAAAGAUUGUCAGCAGCUCGUGGGAUGGGAACAUAUGGCUGUGGGAAUACCACCAGACGGAAUACGAUGAGGAUGAUCUCGGGGACCCCAGGCAGUUCCCCCCUGCCCGAACGCCGCAGCACAGAUCCUCCGGAGCCUCUGAUCAGUAGUCUUUUCACGCUGCUUGCCACCACUCUGAUUUUGGACUUGCUGGGGAUGGGGGGGGAGGGAGGGGGGAAUCUACCUUGUGUGGCUCGUGGCCUUGCAACACUUGGAAGCAGGGGAGGGAGCCAAUUCUGGGGCACUCCCCCCCCCCACACACACACACAAGCAGUCACUUUUCUGCCUCUGCAGCUCAGGUUGCGGGUCGGGGGGGAUAAGCAGCCCCCCCCAGCCGUUCUUAAGGUUGGCAGACAGCUGUGAGAGGGGCUAGGGUGGGGGGGGUAGGGGAUUAGGUAAGGAUGGGUUCAGUGAAGCAGGCCUGGUGUUUUAACUCUUCCCUUUGAUCGUCGCCUUCCUGAGGUUCUGCGGGGUUGCGUCCUGCAGUUUUGUCCUCUUCCCAGUCUCACAAUCAUGAGACAAAACCGCCCCACCAGCAGUGGGGCUUCGCCUGCUCUGGGGAGCAAGCAGGUGCUCUGCAACCCCUCCCUCUCCUCCCCCCUCGAUCCCACUGGGCUCCUUAAUUGGCUUCCCCUCAAGGGCCCAGCAAUGGCGGCCGCUUGCUGCUUCGAAGCAGACGCUCGCGACUGAGGCUCUUCAGGCAUCUUUCGGCAAAAGGGGUCCCUCUUUCAUCCCGGCGUAGGCGCAGGGCAGUGGAAAGGAGGGCCCGGCUUCUUGUCUGGGGUGAACGUGCCCCAUUUCCUCCUAGGCCACGCAGAUCCUGCUGGGUGGGGUGGGAUUCAGCAGGGGCACCGUGGGGCUGAGGGAAGGCUGCCUGCUGCCAAGCGCCAGCUCCCCUCCGCAACCCUCGGCCGGCCACCCCUCCCCUCCCCUCCCCUCCCCUGCCUACGUGACACCCCCUCUCUGGGGACAGUGCUCCUGCAGCCCCCGCCCCGUCCUCUCCUCCUCAGGCGGCAGAUCUGCCUGCCUGCGGGUGACGGUAGGAAUCUCCGUCCUGGCCCGCCCCCCUUUCCUGCCCGGGUCAAGGAGGUCUGACUCUGCGUCCUGGUCCAGGGCUACACUGGGGGGGCCGCAGGAAUCCCGCUUGCUCUCCCCGGGGAGGGGCCGCAGCUGCCACUCUGCUCGCACCGUAGAUGCCGUGCGCGAGGGGGAGGUGAGGCCGGGGGGACUCUUCUGGAAGGCGUCCCUCUGUGCCAGGCGUGUCCUGUUUCCCAUUUCUUUUUUAAAGGCGUGGUUCAUGUUUUCAAGUUUGGGGUAGGCAGGGGAAGCUCUGACUUAGUUUCUCCAGUUGAGUAGGGAAUUGUCCCUCACACCCCUCAGUGAAGAGGGGCUGCUCGUAUGAGAUGUAACGGAAGGGAGGGGGCCCUCCAUGGUGGGGGGAGCGCACCGUCUCAUCCAGCAAAGGGCACCUGCAAAGCAGUGUCAUUGUCAAUAAAAACCGUUGGAAUUUU